AAGCAAAGUAUGGACGAGGGCGGAGACGCUCCUUUUCCUUAAAUGCUAUGGGGAAAGGAAGGAAGAAUUUCUUCAUGCACGUAAAAAAAAAUACGCAUAUCAAAAUGUUUUGGAAGAUAUGAUUUUCCAAGGUUUUGUGGAUACAACGGUUACCACAGACGCACUUUUUGCGAAAAUGCGUACGCUUUUAAAAGCCUACGAGUCUGCCAAAGACAAUGAAAGGCAAACAGGAACUGCUCCUCGCACUAUACUAUAUAUGACAGAAAUGGACGAAGUUUUUGGUGAGAGUUGUUUGGUUGUAAAUAAUCAUACCAUUAACCUAGGAACAGAUCCUCAGGGGACAUUAAUAGAAACAUGUACCAUCGAGCUGUUAAGAGACUCAACUAGGGUUUCGCCAAUCCCUGAACCGAGCACCUCAAGUCAGUUUCAAGAACUGAGUACCUCCACGCAAUCGCUGAACACACCAACGCGAAGCCACAAUUUACAGCCGAGUACGCCCGCUGCGAGCACACGUGUUAGAAAAACGGCCAGGGAUCGUUACUCUGAAAAUAAACUUGAGCUGAAGAGAAGAAGCUGUGAGGAGAAAGAAAAAUUCCAUGCAGAUAUUCAGCGUAUGUUGCAAAAUUUAGAGAAGAAGCGUGAUUUGCAGCUAGAGUUGGAGGAAAAAAAACUUAAAAUAGAGGAGGAAAAAUUAAAACUCCUACAACAAUGCUGCGGAGAUGAUUAGAAAAGAAAAAGGCGAAAAUGGGACUUGAAAUCGUCAUCUGCAUACUCAUCGAUAACGUCGAUGAAACCGACAAAUUUUGGAUGCUCUACCUGUUCUUCCUCAGAAUCGUCCCCCGAUGAACUAGAUUCAGCAGCUACAUCAGCUAGUAUUUCUAUUAUUUCUUCAUCAUCAGCGUAAUGUAUACUGGAACAACUACAGAAAAACUAGAAAUUGGAAAGUAUGCAAACUUGGUUUGGUUUAAUUAUAAAACAAUACUUACUGCAUCUUUAAUUAAAUUUGGCAUUUUCAACUUACACCAGUUGUGUAUAUGUUUGGUUAAUCCAUAUUUUGUCGAAGGCACAAAAUUUACAUGCGUUUCUUUUAUAUUCUAUUUUUGUCUAUCUUUUUUUUGUUUACAUUUUUAUCUGUCAAAAUGGUGUAUAUCGUGAACGACAACUUUUUUUUGGCAAUAAAGUGUGAA